AUGAUGCGCAUCGUUGGGGUGGACCGCAGCGUGGAGCUGCAAGCGAGUCUUUCGCCCCAGUGGGCAGUGGGGCACAACGUCCCGCUGGUGGCCGUUAGUAGUGACGUUGGUGACAGCGGCGACGGCCGCAUCGUAGGUUACGACACGAGCGCCACGAGCCUGGGCCACGGCGUGGCUGAGUGCGACGAGGUGCUGGCGCGUCUGCACUUUGCCCUGACGCAGCAGGUGCCGCCGGAGCGCCGCGACGACGACGUCAUCCUGCGGGUCAUCGGGCGGCAGAGCCCGUCGCUGAUGCGGUGGGCGCUCACGCGAGCGGGCCUGCGUCUGCAGCGCCAGGGCACCAUGAUGGCGCGCGGCGACUAUGCCGAACCGAGCGGUGGCGUCUACUCGCCCUCCGUCAUGUACUGA